AUGUCCGGUGUCAGGAAGCACUUGGGGGACGCGGUGAAGCUGCAGAAGCAGAAUGAAAUGGUGGAUAUGAGCUCUCUAUCCGGCAAGACCGUGUUCUUCUACUUCUCGGCAAGCUGGUGCCCGCCGUGCCGCGGCUUCACGCCGCAGCUGGUGGAGUUCUAUGACAAGCACCACGUUUCGAAGAACUUCGAGAUCAUACUUGCGUCGUGGGACGAGGAGGAGGAGGACUUCAAUGGGUACUACGCCAAGAUGCCAUGGCUGGCGCUGCCCUUUGAGAAGCGCAACAUUGUGGAGGCGCUCACGAAGGUGUUCAAGGUGGAAUCGAUUCCGACGCUUAUCGGCUUGAACGCGGACACGGGUGAAACCGUGACGACGCGCGCGCGCCACGCGCUGACGCAGGACCCCGAAGGCGCGCAGUUCCCGUGGAGAGACGAGUAA